CGACGAGACAGAUGGGCGCAGAGUGGAGUGGAGGCGGACGGCAGGCGGCAAAGAGAAUAAAAAGAAGGGAACCUUGCUUUCUUAAUUUAUUUUUUUCCUCCUCUUUUCCCCUGCUCCGCUCUUUCUCUUCCUUUCUUAAGCGUUUUUGGACCAAGUUUUCUUCAGACCGUCUGGGCUUGGUUUUUUGAUUUUUUUUUUAUUUAUUUACUUUUACGAAUUCUUUUACGAAUUUUUUUCUCCCCCUCAGUGUUGUAUGUGGCAAAAAAAAGUCAGCGCCGAGCUGAGUGAUUCAGGCGCUCUGCAGGGAGCAGUGGGGAGGGCGAAGGAAAAAGUUGCCUUUGUUGCAAGCGAGCUCUUGCAACCUUUUAUGUGACUAAGCGCAGGCGGCUGCCGGGGGUCGGCGAGUGCGGGCUGCGCUGCCUGCCCGCGCUGCUCGGGCUCCUCUCCCGCAGCCCCCUCCCGCGUCGGGGCUGCGCGGGGGCGCUGCUGGCGCCCCCCCGCCGCGCUCCGCCGGUUGCCAUGGUGCCGCGGCCCGGCGUGCUGUGGGCAGUGGCGGCGGCGGCGCUAGCGCUGCUGGGCCGGCGGGCGGCGGCGGCGCUGGCGGGGCCGGUGGUCCGCUGCGAGCCCUGCGACGCGCGGGCGCUGCAGCAGUGCAAGCCCCUGCAGCCGGACUGCGCCGAGAGGGUGCGGGAGCCGGGCUGCGGGUGCUGCCUCACCUGCGCCUUGCGGCCGGGGCAGCCCUGCGGCAUCUACACGGAGCGCUGCGGGGCCGGGCUGAGCUGCCAGCCGCGGAGGGAGGAGGCACGGCCGCUGCAGGCGCUGCUGGAGGGCCGCGGGCUGUGCACCAACGGCACGGCGGGCGGCAGGCUGCGGGCCUUCCUGCUGCCGGGACCGCACGCUGCAGGAAAUUCCAGUGAUUCAGAAGAAGACGACCAGAGUACCAGCAGCACAGAAAAUCAGGCCAUCCCAAACUCUCACAGGGUGCCAGAUUCCAAAUCUCAUCCACCACACAUCAAAAUAGAUAUCAUCAGGAAAGUGCAAGCCAAAAAUACACAGCGCUAUAAAGUGGAAUAUGAUUCGCAGAGUACAGAUACACUGAAUUUCUCUUCUGAAUCCAAACAAGAGACUGAAUAUGGUCCCUGUCGUAGAGAAAUGGAAGACACUUUAAACCACCUAAAGAUCCUGAAUGUCUUGAGUCCCAGGGGCUUUCAUAUUCCAAAUUGUGACAAGAAAGGGUUCUACAAGAAAAAGCAAUGUCGCCCAUCCAAAGGCCGGAAGAGAGGUUACUGCUGGUGUGUGGAUAAAUACGGACAGCCGCUUCCCGGGUAUGAUGGCAAGGGAAAAGGAGAUGUCCACUGCUAUAACUUGGAAAGCAAAUGAGGUCUGAGUGCCAGCUCUUCUGGCAUCUGCGCGUGGCUGCUGGACCUCGCAGAGACCUUGGAGGGGCUGGGCAAACACUGUGGACUGCAUUGGCGCGUGGAGUAAGGAGCUCUGCCUUCGGUGGCAGAUAGGGAGUUGCAGCCUCUGUGGAUGCUGCUGCAGCUGCACCCUGCCACCAACUUGUGUCGGGCUUCCUAUAGCAUGUGUAGGGAGCUCUGAAUUCCCACGUAAACCUGCACUAUUGAUACCCAGAGAGAGAAAAACAAAAGGCACUUCAGAAUGGAUUCAGGGAGUCUCCACUGACUUUUUAAAGAACGGCCUGUGACCAAUUUGAUCCCGAAAGAUACUGUUUUGUUUUCUUAUUUUAAAGAAUUUAUAGAUUGUAAGCUUGUAAAGGUAUUAAAGAAAAAAAAAAAAAAAAAAAAAAAACCAAGAAAAAACCCACAAGAAUUUAAAAGUUAAGCUUUUUUUACAGGUCUGACGGGAAACUUAUCUUCACGGGUAAAAGUUUUAUAAAAAUCUCAAAGAACUUUUUAAAGAAACUUAUUUCUAAAAUAAAGACAUGGCUAUUUUUUCUGUAAAAUAUAUUAUGAAUAUUCUGUUAGUCUGUAUUUAAUAUAAUUGUUUUUUAAUAAACUAUUUAAAUGUAACAUGUGAAUACCAAAUACUACACAAUAAUUCUAGUGUAUACUUCUGUAUGCCAAGAAAAAGUAAGGGUAUGGAAUGAUUUACAAAUAUGUAUAGAUCCAUAUGCAUACACACUGACCUAUUCUAGGCAACGGAAAUGAAUUUGUGGAGUGAAGGAGGUGUUUUCAGGAGAGAUUAAGUUUUGUUAUUGGAAAUAACUGCAGUUGCCAAGAUAAUUCUUCUUCUUAUUUUUAAUUAUUUUAUUGGUAUUCCUAAUGUACCUAUCACUGAAUUAUGCCACUGGAAAGGAUAACAGUUGCACUGAAGCUCUCAGUAAAGUAUUUUUCUGUCUGUCCUUCGCUUCAGUUUGUGCAACAGGGCUUAACAUUUCCUCCAUUUCCUGCUCACACUAAUAUAGAAUAACCGUGGACAAAAAAUUGCCAGUACAGUACCACCCUUUCUAUUUGCUUAUUUAUUUUGAAAAACUGUACGUCUUCUGUGUUGUCAUGGUACACUCUACCAAAGCACAUAUUCUGUAUGAGGAACCCCUGUUUAAAACUAUGCCGAUGAGAUGGGGGGGAUCAUGGACCGGGGUGUCGAGACCCACGCACUUCAUUUAUGCUCUACACAAUUGUUGCUUGUGUUGACUUUGGUAGAAAUGAUUUGCCUGCAUCUAAGCAUAGAACAAGAACCAUUGGGUUUAAAUAUUUAAACCAUCUGCCAUGGUGUUAUAGAUGUCCUUUUAAUUAGAAGUGAUACGGUUUUGUUCUGGUAUGCGAUGCUUUCACAUAAGGAAGACUUUGGCAAGUCUGUUUUUGGAGGCUGAUUGUUUACUGAACUUCAUGACAAAUUCUGUAUGAUGAUGAAAUGUGGAUAAGGAAAAGUGGCCUGUGAAAUGUAACAUCUCUCUGAAAAGUAAUGCCAUAUUUUGUAUAUGUAUUUAUUUAUAUAUUUUAUAUAAAUAUUUUAUAUAUUUAUAUAAAUAUAUAAUAUAUUCUUAUA